AUGACACUGAUAGGCAGCACUGAUUGAUGGCACUGAUAGCUCGUGAGGAGAGGAGAGCCGGUAAUCGGCAUUCCUCGGAGGGGACAUGUGCACUGAUCAUCAGAGCACUGAUGAUCAGUGUGCCCUGAUGAUCAGUGUAGCCCCAAGCAGUGCCACCUGUCAGUGUCCAUCAGUGCCAGCUCUCAGUGCUCAUCCAUGCCACCUGCCAGUUCCCAUCAGUGCCACAUUUCAGUGCCUACCAGUGCACAUCAAUGCCACAUAUCAGUGCCCAUCUGAGCUGCCAGUCAGUGCCACCUAUCAGUGCCAGUCAGUGCCACCUAUCAAUGCCAGUCAGUGCCACCUAUCCGUGCCAGUCAGUGCUGCCUAUGAGUGUGUGCAUCAG